GAGAGUGCUCAGAUGAUCCAAGAAGUGGAAGUGGAUAAAGUAACAGUGCUGGAAAGAAAACAAGUUGAAGCGAUCAAGAAGCUCUGGGAAGACCCAGGAAUUCAAGAAUGCUAUGACAGACGGAGGGAGUACCAGCUCUCAGACUCUGCCAAGUAUUAUCUUACUGACCUUGAUCGUAUUGCUAUGCCCUCAUUUGUGCCAACUCAGCAAGAUAUUCUUAGAGUCCGAGUUCCAACUACAGGAAUUAUCGAGUAUCCUUUUGAUUUAGAAAAUAUUAUAUUUAGGAUGGUGGAUGUGGGUGGCCAAAGGUCAGAAAGAAGGAAGUGGAUCCAUUGUUUUGAAAGUGUUACUUCCAUCAUUUUCUUAGUUGCAUUAAGUGAAUAUGAUCAAGUCUUGGCAGAAUGUGACAAUGAGAAUCGAAUGGAAGAAAGCAAGGCCUUAUUUAAAACUAUCAUUACAUAUCCCUGGUUUCUGAAUUCUUCAGUCAUUUUGUUUUUAAACAAAAAAGAUCUUCUAGAAGAGAAAAUAAUGUAUUCCCAUCUAAUUAGUUACUUUCCAGAAUACACAGGACCUAAACAAGAUGUCAAAGCUGCCAGAGACUUCAUUUUGAAGCUGUAUCAGGAUCAGAAUCCAGACAAGGAGAAAGUAAUCUAUUCCCACUUCACUUGUGCCACAGACACAGAAAAUAUUCGUUUCGUCUUCGCUGCUGUCAAGGACACGAUCCUGCAAUUAAACCUGAGGGAGUUCAACCUGGUUUAA